AUGACAAGCCCAUCAAUGGUUCAACCAAAAUUCCUUACCCACGGCGACCAGCUGGGCGUCGUCGCCGUCGGCUUCUCUGGCGGACAAUGCAAGCCGGGAGUUGAUGCAGCGCCGUCCGCUCUGAUCAAGAAUGGCCUCCUUAAGCAAUUGCGAGAUGAACUAGACUACAAGCUCUUCCAUGACGACACGGUGCACUCAUACAAAGAGCUUAUACCCGCCUCGGACCCAGAUUAUCGCGGCAUGAAGAACCCUCUCGCCGUUUCCGCCGUCACCCGCAAGAUCUCGGAGCAGGUCUACUCGCAAGCCAAGGAGGGACGCUGCGUCUUGACUCUGGGAGGCGACCACUCCAUUGCCAUUGGCACGAUCUCGGGGACCGCCAAAGCGAUUCGAGAGCGGCUGGGUCGGGAGAUAGCAGUGAUCUGGGUAGAUGCACACACGGAUAUCAAUACCCCGGAGGCGAGCGACAGUGGGAAUAUCCAUGGCAUGCCCGUGUCGUUCCUGAGCGGCCUUGCCAAGGAGAGCCGAGAGGAUAUAUUUGGCUGGCUCAAGGAGGAGCACAUGAUUAGUCUGAAGAAGCUUGUGUACAUUGGAUUAAGGGACGUGGAUCGCCCCGAGAAGAAGACUCUGAGGGACCAUGGCAUCAAGGCAUUUAGCAUGCACGACAUUGAUCGACACGGUAUCGGAAAGGUCAUGGAUAUGGCAUUGGCACACAUCGGGACGGACACGCCUAUCCACCUGUCUUUCGACGUCGACGCACUUGAUCCCAUGUGGGCUCCAAGCACAGGAACCCCGGUGCGGGGCGGCCUUACGCUACGAGAGGGAGAUUUUAUUGCAGAAUGUGUCCAUGAGACCGGCUGCCUGAUUGCGAUGGAUUUGGUGGAAGUCAAUCCUACGCUGGACUCGGGACUCAACGACAUUGGCGCACAUGAGACGGUCAGGGCUGGUUGCUCCCUGGUCAGAUGCGGCCUGGGAGAAUCGUUGCUCUAA